GCUCUGACAGGAAGACUGGUGCCGGUUUUGUACGCUAACAUCCAGAGCACCCUGAGUACUAACGGCUACCUGCCAUUGGUGGGCUACCCUCUCCGGCGUCUGCUACAGUAGUGUGUGUGUUUAUGUGUGUGUGUUCAUAAUUCUGUUCAGCUUGUCGUCUGUCCACAUCUGGUUGCCUUUGGACAAGGACGGUGAGACGUCCAGCUUUGACUGUAUGAAUUAAUGUGCCUGAGAGUCUGAUACACAUCUGUUCGAUGGCUACCUCAGGCUCCACCGCCUCUGCCUCAAUCCCAGCCACUGUGCCUGAGGGUUUCCAUUUUGAAACCAAAUAUAUUUUGCUUAACUACCUAGGAAUGGUGCCUGCAGGUAGAUCAGACCAACCAGCUGCAGCUCAAGGAGAUGCAGAGGCCGAGAAAACAAGAUCCAGAGUGAUAAAGGAGCAAAUAGAGGAAGGGCUGAGAGAACUGGAUGGCGAAAUUGCCGCCUCCUUUUCCAGGACGGGAUUCGACCGACACAAUUCACUGGUGUUCGCUCCAGCCAACCCGGAGAACUCCAUUGAGGACUGCCUGGCUGCAGUGGGAGACAGGCUGGCCCAAGAGCUCGACACACACCUGUCAGCAGCCGUACACACACUCCUCACAGGACCUCUGGACUAUCAGAGAUUCAGAUGCACAACACUGGAGCUCUCAACACACACACCGGGAGGCUGGAGCAAGGUGCUUGUUCCGUUAGUGCUGCUCCAGGCUCUACAAAGUGAAGGCCAGUCUGUGAUGACUCUGUUGGACCUGGGGCUUCACUUCCUAGAGGAGAACGAGGCAGACUACAUCACUCAGCUUGGGGGAUGGGGUGAAGUAUUCCGCCUCGUGUUGGAUGAAGAGCGAGGUGUGACUAUUGCCGAAGACAGCAACGACAUUUACAUCCUCUCAGGAGACCAGGAUCACGACCAGAUCAGCCCUCCCUCGUCACUGCUGUGCACCGGAGACAACAGCAGCGAGCAGAGCUCCUGGCAGACAGAAAGCUUACCUGUGUCUCUGGCUGGCCACGAGUCGUGGGCACAGGUUGGUGCGAUGGACCCUGAAGACAUCAAGAGCCUGGACAGCAACGAGGGUGUUGCUCUGGUCGAGGAGCGUAGUGAAAACAACUCCUCAAACUCGGACAUCGUCCAUGUGGAGCGCGAGGAAGCCGAGCUGUUGGAGGAAGGCAGUGAAGGCGGAGUGAUAGAAGAAAGCAUGAUGAGUGUUUUAGGCACUGACAGUGAGCUGGCUGAGCUCAGGGAGGAAUUAAGAGUCCAGACCGCACCUGCACCAGUGACAGCUGAGGCAGACCCCACACCUCCAGCUUCCCUGAUUUCAUUAGAAGAGCCAGUUGUGAUAGAAACACCUGCAAGCUUGUCUGCAGAACCUUCAUUCAUUUCCUCAGAACCAGAGCUGCUUCCCUCUGCCUCUGAACCUGCUGAAGCCCUUCCCACUGAAGCUGAACCUGCAGUACCUUUGUUUGUUGCUGCAGUGGAACCAGAGCCUGAGCCAGAACCAGCUGCUGUCACUGCCCCAGUGACCGAUCCAGUGCCUGCUGAAAUGGCAGUCCCAUCUCCAGCCAAGGAAAUCCCGACAACACCAGCAGAGCCUGAUUACACAUUAGAACUAGCGUCCGAACCAGAGCUGAACCCAGAGUCCAUCACUGUGUUUCACCAGCCAAAGGAAUCGCAGCCAGAACCAGAGACUGUGGCAGAGCUAGACGAUACGGUCGCUGCACCUCCAGUUCCAGAGGCUGUGGAGGCCCCUGUCAAAGCACCAGCUGAGGAGGCCCCAGUGCAGCCGGAGCCAGAAUCAGAGCUCCCAGUGUUGCUUUAUGGAGGGGCUGCUCUGGCAGUCCUUGCAGCUGUUAUAGCCUUUGUUCUCAUACGCUUUCAGAGGAAAUAGCGUAAAAAAAGUGUUAUCCUCAGCAGCGGGGAGUGUAGAAUGCUAAGGUAGAAUAAAGGUAUUUGCAUACAUACGGUGAGACUCUCCUUAAAAGUAGUUUUUAAAAAUCUUCCGGGUAUAAAAUGUGUGAAAGUGUCCCCCAGCAAACCAGAAUGUCUUGUCAUCCACAACCUUAGUGCUGGGAGUCCCUCGCUGCUUCUUUCAACCAGGUGCAAACACAGAAAUGUGAAAACGGUGCACUCCACUCUACUUCUUAUUUUCUCUGUUUUUCUUUUGGGGGUCAGUUGCAAUUUUGUUUCCAAUUUCUUUUUGCCUCCAAUCUUUUGUACUUCUUACUGAGUACAAAAGCGUGUGUGAACUUUUAUCCCUCUUCGCUUAGAUUCAGCUUCUGUCGUGUCUCUUGGUUUGCUAUUUGCAUUGUUUCUUUCAUUGGAGCCAGCGACGCUGGAUUGAAAAUUGACAGUGCUCUCACAGGAAACAUAAACCUCAAGUAUAAGUUGUGAUGUUGUGCGACAUAUGGGUUUCUUGCUCUUCCGCCUCCUACGCAACAAAGGGUUAUUUAUAUUUUUCUCCCUGUGAGUAAAUCUGAUACUUUCAUAAACAGACUUCUAUAGAAGUGAAUGGUAUUUUUGAUAUUUUCGAUUGAAACCAAAAAUGAAUCUAACGUGUCCAUAUUGCACAAUAAAUUUGUGAUAUCAGUACAUAAAUUUAAAUAUAUUGUGGUUUUAAAACAUUUAAAAAAAUCUUGAUGCAUAUUGUUUCAGAAACCAGAUGUUAUGAUUUUUUUUUUUUUUAAAUCUACUAUAUUUGGUUGCAUUAGCCAAACAAGAACCACCGAUUACUUUCAGUGUAAAGUGAGCUAUAGUUACUCCAGUUACUCUCACCCUCAUUUCAGUUACUUUGCUGUCGUGCUUUUGCGCCCCAGCAUCUUUAUUUGGUCCUCUGUACUUUGCCUUGUCCCCUUUUCCCUUAUUGUGGCACUGCUCAUAAUACCCGACUAGUUCCACAAAGGUUCAUUUGUAAGUGUCUGCCCCAGUGACAACAUAAUACUUCCCUCCCC